AUGAAAUUUAAAAACCAAACAUCUGUCUCAGAAUUCCUUCUUGUGGGCCUGACAGAUGAUCCAGAACUGCAGCCCCUCAUCUUCAACCUUUUCCUGGUUAUCUACCUGGUCACCAUCCUGGGAAACCUGAUCAUCAUCCUGGCAAUCAGCUCUGACUCCCACCUCCACACCCCCAUGUACUUCUUCCUGUCCAACCUGUCCCUCACUGACAUCUGUAUAAGCACGAACACUAUCCCAAAGAUGCUAGUGAACAUCCAAACAGAGGAUCAGAGAAUCAGUUACACAGGCUGCUUUUCUCAGCUUUGUUUAGUAUUAGUAUUUUUCUGUUUAGAAAACUGUCUCCUUCUGGUCAUGGCUUAUGACCGCUAUGUGGCCAUUUGUCAUCCCUUGAGGUACACGGUCAUCAUGCACCCAUGCCUCUGUGUCCUUCUGGUUCUACUCUCCCUGCUCGUGAGCAUUGUCCAUGGUCUACUGCACAGUCUGGCGGCACUGCCACUGUCCUUCUGUACAAAUGUGGAAAUCCCGCACUUCUUCUGUGACCUUGCUCAGAUCCUCAAGCUGGCCUGUUCUGAUAUCUUUAUUAAUGCCAUGCUGAUAUAUUCAGCAGGAAACACAUUUUUUGGUGUUCCUCUCAUUGGAAUUAUUUUCUCUUACUUUAAAAUUAUCUCCUGUAUUUUGAGAAUGCCAUCAGUUGGGGGAAGGUAUAAGGCGUUUUCCACCUGUGGGUCUCACCUCUUUGUUGUUUCCUUUUUCUAUGGGACAGGUUUUGGUGUGUACUUGAGUUCUACAUUUAGUAACUCUUCCAAUAAGAGUGCAAUGGCCUCUGUGAUGUACAUUGUGGUCCCUCAAGUGAUGAACCCUUUUAUCUACAGUUUGAGGAACAAAGAAAUGAAGACAGUUCUGAGGCGCCUCAUUAAUUGGAAGCCUUUUAUAUGCUGGGGUCUUGGGCUUUGA